AUGGUUCAGGUUCCGAUGACCGCGGCCGGUUCGAGCUCCGUCAUGCGAGCCUCGCCCGCCAGUGGGACGAACAGCAACACCACCUCCAUUCGAGGCAAACCGGCGACGGGUGGUAAUGCGAAUAAUCCUGCCGCUACACAGCAGCCUCUGAGCGCAAUGCACUCCGCACCCCUGGAUAUGACCAGCGUCGAGAGGAGGGGGCAACCAACAGCUAGCCGAGAGACGAGCAAGAGGAUACGACCUCACGGUUUGCAGGAGGCUCCCACAUACAGACCGACGGUCGAAGAAUUCAGCGACCCCUUCGCAUACAUCAAGAAGAUUUCUCCGGAGGCUAAACAGUAUGGGAUCUGCAAGAUAAUCCCACCAGAUUCCUGGAAGCCGGAUUUUGCAAUCGACACAGAGCGAUUUCAUUUCAAGACGAGGAAGCAGGAGUUGAAUUCGGUUGAAGGAAGCACCCGUGCGAAUCUCACGUAUCUCGAUCAACUUGCGAAAUUCCAUAAGCAACAUGGAACCAACCUUAAUCGAUUUCCCAGCGUCGACAAGCGGCCCCUCGACUUGUAUAAACUCAAGAAGGCUGUUGAAACGAGGGGUGGCUUCGAAAAGGUGUGCAAGCUUAAGAAAUGGGCUGAAAUUGGACGAGAUUUGGGUUACAGUGGGAAGAUCAUGUCCUCACUAUCGACAUCACUCAAGAACUCCUACCAAAGAUGGCUCUUCCCGUACGAGGAAUACCUCCGAUUGGCGAAGCCAGGAGUACAUCAGCAACUGGAGUACGAAUAUGGAGGUCCUCUCACACCAUCUCCAGCAAACUCACCGAUGAAGAAAUCACACCACCACACUCCUUCAAGUCUUCGAGGCGAGUCUCCUGCCGUUCGAGCCUCUGAAGCUCUCAAUGCAUCCAUGUUGAAGGAUGAAUUUGAGAAGACCAUGAAAAAUAUUCCCAUGUUGGAUUCUCCUGCGCACACUCCACAACCGGUGUCUUCGGGCUUCACUCCGGUCAACGCCGGUGGAUUCACACCCGUCAACGCUAAUCCAGCAACCUUUGCACCCGUCAAUAUCAACCGACGCGAGCGCGAGGAAAGCAGUAGCUUCACCCCUCCCCGACGGCCGUUUGACAGCCCCAUGUCUUCCGCCAAAGCCACUCCCGAGUAUCGCCCAUCGGCCCUCAGCUCAGCGCCCGUCGUCAAUGGCUUCACCUCCAAUCCGAUGCUGAAGCGACAACUGAGCCAUGACAGCCUCGACUCACGGGGGAAGGGAAGCCAAGCAGAAGACAGCGAAAAUGGUGGACGACGAAGCAAGCGUCUCAAGAAAGGAUGCGGUCAAUGCACCCCGAUUUUGCAAUGUCGCGCGAUUCGAUUGGCGAUGGAGAUCCCGGCUAAUGGCAGCCCUGCAGAUGCGGUCCCAACUGUGGCUGGAUCUCACAUGACGUUGUUCCGCCCGACACCGCCAAGAAUUCCCGGCGCGCGUGGUUCUUCCGCCCCCGGUGAGAGGUGCGAGCAUUGCGGGAAGAAUGAAGAUCUAGGCAAUCUUCUUAUUUGCGAGUCAUGCGAUCACAGCUAUCACAUGAAUUGUCUAGAUCCUCAAGUUGCACACAAGCCCGACUACGAUUGGCAUUGUCCAAGAUGUCUUGUUGGCGAUGGCAAUUUCGGUUUCGAAGAAGGUGGUAUCUACUCUCUUAAGCAAUUCCAGGAGAAGGCGGCGGAUUUCAAGGAAGGCUACUUUCAAAACAAGAUGCCGUUCGAUCCUGUCCUCAAUUGUCCUCGACCCGUCACUGAGGAUGAUAUCGAGAGAGAAUUCUGGCGACUCGUGGCCAGCUUGGAAGAGACCGUCGAGGUUGAAUACGGUGCUGAUAUUCAUUCAACAACUCACGGAAGUGGUUUCCCGACCAUCGAAAAGAAUCCCCAGGAUCCGUACUCGACCGAUCCAUGGAACUUGAAUAUCAUGCCCCUACACCCAGACUCGCUAUUCCGCCAUAUCAAAUCAGAUAUCUCCGGUAUGACCGUGCCGUGGCUUUAUGUUGGCAUGAUAUUUUCGACCUUCUGUUGGCACAACGAGGACCAUUACGCAUACUCAGCAAACUACCAACAUUUCGGCUCGACGAAAACCUGGUACGGCAUUCCCGGAGAGGAUGCCGAGAAGUUCGAGGCAGCCAUGCGAGAGGCAGUUCCGGAACUCUUCGAAACCCAACCGGAUCUUUUGUUCCAAUUGGUCACUCUCUUGACUCCCGAGCAACUUAGGAAGGCUGGUGUCAGAGUCUAUGCUCUUGAUCAAAGAGCUGGUCAAUUUGUCAUCACUUUCCCACAAGCAUACCAUGCCGGAUUCAAUCAUGGAUUCAACUUCAACGAAGCCGUGAACCUUGCACCUAGCGGCUGGGAACCAUUUGGCGAUGCUGGUGUGGAGCGACUCCAACAAUUCCGAAGACAGCCCUGCUUUUCUCACGAUGAGCUUCUUUGGACCGCUGGUGAAGGUGCCGCGACCGGUGGUGUGACAAUUGCGACGGCGAAGUGGUUAGCUCCUGCACUAGAACGGCUUCGAGAUCGCGAGGCCAUGGCACGGAAGAACUUCCUCGACAAGCAUAAGGAACACGGUGGCCCUUGCGUUAUCACUGACGAAGUUGAGGGUGCUGGACCUAGGUGCCACAUUGGUUUUGUUGUCGAUGACGCCGACGUCCCCGAGGAAGAAUAUCAGUGCGCGUAUUGCAAAGCAUAUGCCUACCUGUCUCGGUUCAAGUGCAAAACCAGUGGCAAGGUCUUGUGUCUCAGUCACGCUGGCAACCACGAGUGUUGUGACAUGCCUGAAGACCAGCGAUAUGCUGGCAACAACCACACGCUUCACUAUCGCCGUACUGCGGAGGCGAUUGAGAGUAUGUAUCAGAAAGUUGCCGAUAAAGCUCAAUUACCAGAAAUCUGGGAAGACAAAGUAGAAAAGGCUCUUGAAGAGAGCGACAAGCCUCCGCUGAAGGUCUUGCGGGCCCUUCUCAACGAAGGCGAGAGGAUUCCUUACGACUUGAAAUCGCUUCCGGAAUUGAAAGCUUUUGUUGACCGAUGCAAUGAAUGGGUCGACGAGGCAACAAACUACAUUGUGCGAAAGCAGCAGAACCGUCGAAAGAACGAAAAGGCUUGGCGAAAGGGAAGCAAGGCUGCAGAACUCGAAGAAAGAGAUCGCGAGCUUCGAAAGGUGGAAAACGUUGUCAAGCUCCUGGAGCAGGCCGAGACGCUUGGAUUUGACUGUCCUGAAAUUACACAGCUUAGCGAACGUGCUGCUGCCAUCGAACAAUUUCGACUCGACGCAAAGGACGCCAUCAAGAACGUCGUCUUGCGCCAAACCCAGGAAUUUGAGGAGCUUCUUGAGCUUGGCCGAAGCUUCAACGUUGAUAUGCCAGAAGUUGAGCAAUUGGAUAAACUGGUCCAACAGAUGAAGUGGAAUGAUCGUGCGCGCGAUAAUCGUGGCAAAUUCCUCAGUCUAAAGGAAGUGUCAGACAUUAUCGACGAGGCCGUCAAGCUUGAGAUUCCUGAAUACAACGAUUAUCUUAACCAUUACAAGGAACAACGCGCCGCCGGAAUGCAAUGGGAAACCAAGGCACAAGAGCUCAUCCAAGCUGAAGCCAUUCACUACCCACAAUUGGAAGCUUUGUCGCAGCAAGCUCAGGCUGCGGCUCUACCGGUGUCUACAGAGACUCUCAGUGCUGUUGAUCAGAUUCUAAACAAGCAGCGUGAGGCUCAUCGACAGAUCUUGUCUCUCUACGAGCGAAGUCGAAACGAGGAUUUUACUAAGAGACCGAAGUAUCAAGAGGUUCGUGAAACAACCGAACGCCUCGCAGAGCUCAACAGCAAGCCAAGCGGUACAUUAGACUUGGAGAAGGAACAGAAGCGACACGAAGACUGGAUGCGAAAGGGCAAGAAGCUAUUCGGAAAGGCCAAUGCCCCAUUGCAUAUUCUGAAGAGUCACAUGGAAUAUGUCUUGGAGCGCAACUUGGACUGCUUCGAUAUCAACUCAGACAAGCCAAGAGUUCCCGCCGAGCCUGCUUCACGAGAACCCAGCCCAUCGGAUGCUAAGUUACAUAGCUGGGAGGAUCCAAGAUUUCGAGAGGUCUUUUGUAUUUGCCGUCGUGUUGAAGCUGGUAUGAUGAUUGAGUGCGAGCUCUGCCACGAAUGGUACCACGGCAAAUGUCUCAAGAUCGCUCGCGGAAAGGUCAAGGACGAUGAGAAGUAUACUUGUCCUAUUUGUGAUUGGCGAGUAAAAAUCCCAAGAGACGCCGCUCGACCAAAAUUGGAGGACUUGCAAUCAUGGCAAGAUGAGAUCCCAUCACUUCCUUUCCAACCGGAUGAGGAAGAGAUUCUUGCAAAGAUCAUCGACAAUGCGCAAGAAUUCCGAUCACACGUUUCUCCUUUCUGCAAUCCUGUGUUGGGAACAGCAGAGGAAGCCGAGACUCAACGGUUCUACCUCCGCAAGAUCGAAGGUGCUGAGAUCCUGCUGGCUUUCGAAACGAACUUCUUCAGACAAGAGCUCCACAAAUGGUCACCCGUUGCACCCGAGGCUCCACCCAUCCUUGACGCCUCCAAGUCUACACGCAAGCCUCGCCCAACAAAGCUGCAAAAGCUUAUGGCUCAACAUGGUGUCAACGAUCCCGAACAACUCCCGCAGAAUCUGAAGACCAAGCCACACAACUUCAAGCGAAAGUCCAGCGAGCCAUCAGGUCGGCCGCAGCCUCUCCAACCAGCACCAGGCCGCUCCGACUCCGGCACUCCGACCUCACACACCUUCCCUAUCUCCGCCUCGAUGCACUCUCAAACUGGUCCUGUACUAUCCGGCUUUCCAUCCGGUCACGACCACGCGCAUCCCUCACAUUUCGGGGCCUUCGCCGGCGUCCAGGACCCCCAUUUCAGCAUGAGUCCGCAAUCCAGCGCCUCGCCUGCCUUCGCACCAAAUUCUUUCCUCCACGGUGGUCUCCAAUCCCCCAGCUUCGACGCAAGCACUAGACCGCCAGGAAUCUUCGGCGAAUCUGGAUUCGGUAGACUUGACUCGGUUGCUCUGACUGGCAACGAUAGUCCUAUGCGUGAUGCGUUUGCGGGUAGCAGUCAAGGUGUGUCGAGGAUGUUUGAUGAGUUGACGAAUCAAGAUGAUAGCCAGGAGGGUCCGAAGGGUGAGAAGAGGAGACCCAGCGUGCCGGAGGAGAAGGUCGCGAGUGAUGCGGCGAAGUGGGGUGAAAACGACGAUAUGGAGCUGUUCUUUGAUGGACCUUAA